UUCGCGGCGGGAGAGUUAGUUGAUUGCCACUUCCCGCCACCGGAAAACAGGAAAUGCAAGUAUUAAGCGGUGGCAGGGCGAUAUCGAUAACGCACCCCACUCUCAAUCUCUGCUAUCCAACGCUUGAAUCCUUCGUCUGGAACACUCUCAUUCGUGCCCAUGUCCAACCAACAAAUCCCUCCCUCACCCCGCUCUCCAUCUUCCUCCGCAUGCGCUCCCAUGGCGUCAAACCCGAUUCCCACACCUUCCCUUUCCUCCUCCAAUCCUUUACCUCACCCGGAUACUUCCACUCGGGCCGGUCCAUUCACUCGCUCAUUAUCCGCCUCGGAUUAUCGGACAACCUGUUUGUACAGACAUCCCUUGUCAAUAUGUACUCGUGUUGCGGCCACUUAGCCUUUUCCCAACAGGCGUUCGACGAAAUUCCCCAACCGGACUUGCCAUCUUGGAAUUCGAUGCUCAAUGCAAAUGUGAAAGCCGGCAUGGUUGUCUCUGCGCGCAACUUGUUCGACAGAAUGCCAAACAGAAAUGCUGUAUCUUGGAGUUGCAUGAUGGAAGGGUAUGUCAAAACGGGUCAGUAUAAAAAUGCAUUGAUGUUGUUCCGUAAGAUGCAAACGCUGGAUGAUGAGGUUAGACCUAAUGAGUUCACCAUGUCCGUUUUGCUUUCUGCUUGUGGAAAGCUGGGUGCCCUGGAGCAUGGGAAGUGGGCUCAUCUUUACAUUGAAAAAUAUGGGAUGAGGAUUGGUGAUGUGUUGGGGACUUCUUUGAUUGACAUGUAUGCAAAAUGUGGGAGCAUUGAGAGGGCAAGAUUGGUGUUUGAAGAUAUGGGCCCAACUAAAGAUGUCAAGACUUGGACUGCCAUGAUCUCUGGCUUGGCUAUGCAUGCCCACAAGGAGGAAUGCCUUAGUUUAUUUUCAAAGAUGAUUGGCUCUGGCAUAAGGCCUAAUGGAGUUACAUUCAUCAGUGUUCUCUGUACUUGUGUGCAUGCUGGGCUUGUGAGCCAAGGGAAGCUAAUUUUUGAGAUGAUGCAGAAAGAAUUCGGCAUUGCACCCUCGGUUCAGCACUAUGGUUGUAUGGUUGAUCUUUAUGCAAGGACUGGUCUGAUUGAUGAAGCAUGGGAGCUUGUGAAAUCAAUGCCUAUUCAGUCAGAUGUUCUUGUUUGGGGAGCUCUUCUUAGUGGAGCUAGGAUGUGUGGAGAUAUCGAAACAUGUGAGGCUGCACUCAACAAGAUACUAGAGUUGGAACCCACAAAUAGUGGAGCUCAUGUUCUUCUGUCAAAUGUAUAUGCAAAGAUGGGCAGGUGGAAGGACUCGAGGCGUGUGAGAGGUCUUAUGGAGGCAAAGGGGAUAAAGAAAGUUCCCGGGUGCAGUUUGGUAGAAGUGGAUGGCAUCGUGCACGAGUUUUAUGUAGGAGACAAGUCUCGCCAAGACACAAGACAAAUAUACAUGAUGCUCGACGAAAUUUUGAGCAGGAUAAGAAUGGAGGGCUACGUUAGCAAUACGAAAGAGGUGUUGCUUGAUCUAGACGAGGAGGGAAAGGAGUUGGUUCUUUCGCGUCAUAGUGAGAAACUGGCAAUUGCAUUUGCCAUCAUGACGACUAGACCUGGUGUUCCAAUACGCAUAGUUAAGAACAUCAGGAUAUGCAGUGAUUGCCAUGCCGCCAUAAAGAUGAUCUCUAGGGUGUAUGCCAGAGAGAUUACAGUUAGAGACUGCAACAGGUUUCACCAUUUUGUGAGUGGCAAUUGCAGUUGUAAUGAAUUCUGUUUAAACAAAAUUCAGAUGGGCUCGAGAAUGAUAAACGACCAUGUGGCUGAGAGUGUAAAGAAUGUUUCGAAUAUAUUGCAGCAGGAAAUUUGUGAAGCCUAUUUGCUCUUUAAGGGUGAAACUGCACUUGGGGAUGGUUUCAGAGCAUUCCUGUAUUUUAUGGGUAUUUUCUAUUGUUUCAUUGGCUUGUCAGCUAUUACCUCUCGGUUCUUCCGCUCCAUGGAAAAUGUUGUCAAGCAUUCGCGAACAGUGGUUGAAAUAGAUCCUUGUACAAAAACCAAAAUUGUCAAGAAGGAAAAGGUGUGGAAUUACACAAUUGCUGAUAUCACUCUGCUGGCAUUUGGGACGAGUUUUCCACAAAUAUCAUUAGCUACUAUUGAUGCAAUACGAAAUAUUGGAAGCUUAUAUGCUGGAGGUUUGGGUCCAGGAACGCUUGUUGGCUCUGCAGCUUUUGAUCUGUUUCCUAUACAUGCAGUUUGUGUUGUGGUACCUAAAGCUGGUGAGUUGAAAAAGAUAUCAGAUCUUGGGGUCUGGCUUGUGGAGCUUUUUUGGUCUUUCUGGGCUUACAUUUGGCUCUACAUCAUUUUAGAGGUAUGGACUCCAAACGUUGUCACCUUGUGGGAGUCUUUGUUGACAGUGCUCCAAUUUGGGUUAUUGCUGAUACAUGCCUAUGCUCAAGACAAGCGUUGGCCAUAUUUGUCCAUUCCUUUGGAAAGAUCUGAGAGGCCGGAGGAGUGGGUGCCUGUACAGACUGCUUCUUAUGGAGAGGUUCCUGAUGAUUGCUCAGGAACACUCAAUGUUGCGGUGGAAGACAGGAGGGAAAUUGUUGAUAUUUUCUCCAUCCAUUCUGGCGAUGGGACAGGUCCUGUUUAUCAAAACUUGCCUGAUACAGAUGUUGCUGAAUCCUCUGCUGGGCUCAACUGUGAUGAGACAAUUGUUGAGGAAUCUGAUAUCCUCUCAAUUUGGAAACAGCAAUUUUUCGAUGCUUUGGUGUUGGAACAUGCAGAAUCCAGAAAACUGGAUAACAAAUUUGUUCGGCUUGCACGCAUUUCCUGGCAGUUACUUCUAGUACCAUGGCGGCUUCUAUUUGCGUUUGUACCUCCCUAUCAGAUUGUCCAUGGGUGGCCUGCCUUCAUCUGCUCUUUGAUCUUCAUUAGUGGGAUAGCUUAUGUUGUUACAAAACUCACCGACCUAAUAAGCUGUGUUACAGGAAUAAAUCCUUAUGUCAUUGCAUUCACAGCAUUGGCGGCUGGAACUUCUUGGCCUGAUCUAGUUGCAAGCAAGAUUGCUGCAGAGCGGCAGUUGACUGCUGAUUCAGCCAUCGCUAACAUCACAUGCAGCAAUUCGGUGAAUAUCUAUGUAGGCAUUGGCAUUCCAUGGCUGAUUGACACUCUCUACAACUACUUUGCAUUCAACGAGCCCCUGAGAAUACAGAACGCCAAGGGAUUAAGCUUCUCUUUACUCAUUUUCUUCGCUACUUCGGUUGGGUGUAUCGGUGUUUUGGUGUUUAGGAGAGUAACUUUGGGUGCUGAACUUGGUGGCCCCAGAAUUUGGGCCUGGGUAACCUCUGUGUUCUUUAUGCUGCUGUGGCUUACAUUUGUUACAUUAUCUUCACUCAGAGUUUCUGGCAUAAUAUAAAAGUCUCUAUCCAAGUUGCUACCCUUCUCUC